UAGGGAAAUAAGCAUCUGUGGUAGUAGCAAAGCAGCAUCGAUCGGUCAAUCUUGUCUUCUGGUAUUGCUAUAGUAAAUAGCCAGGAUCAGAUGAAUUAUGGGACCAAGUGAAGCAAUCAGGGGGUUUUGAUGUCGAACAUAUCUCAGUAACGCAAGAUACCUGCGGACUUAUGACUUACGAUUGUGAAAACGAGAGGAUUAGGUAUCCUAAUCAUGUGUUGGUCAAUCUUUACGCUAGACUCGGUCUCCAUCAUUUCAACCUCUCUCAGGGAUCAAAUUUAGAGUUCCAUCACCUGAAGAAAUUCAACAUGACUAUGAAUUAUAUCUCCUCCUACCGCAUCACUUUGGUGGGUUAUGAUCCAGCGACCACUUUGCUCAUAAACUUUCAGGUUGGAGUGUCUGAGCAAGCAUAUGGUCGUUUGAAUUUGAUGGUCUUUGUUGCUAGACCUCAAGCUGAUAGGCCUCCCAGCAAUGAAGUUGUUAGGCCACUUGGUGUCACCAAUGAUCCCUUCAAACCGGAUGCAUGUGAUGAUAAUGGAUUCCCUUUCUGGCCGACAGAUUUUAAUGAUACAAAACGAUUCCACCUGCUGAAGGAAUCCGAGUUGCAAGGCAACGACUGUAUUCGUCUAUACUUGGAACUUGCUCUCUGUGCCAAUGAUAGGAAUAUUCCUGACAGCCAUGUAUCCCAGCUACAGAUUGUGAGAGUUGCAAUGGAAACUUUUGAGGAUGUGGACGUCAUAAAUGCCAAUUUCUACAUAACGUUGAAAGGCUUGCCCGUGGCUCGGGUUGGUGAGGAUGGUGAGCAUGUUGAGCGCAAAGUCAUAAUUAGAAGGUAUGUGGAUUUAUCUACCGGAUACUUGAUUCUCAAGGGUGGGUUUGGGUUUUCGGUUGGAGAAGACACUAGCGAGCGCCAUAUGACUCGCCGCCGGACCCAGCAAAAAAUAUCUCUGGGGUCAAAGGUGCUUCAGGAGAAAAUCGAACUCUGGUAUGGGGGUUCAGUGUUGAACCCAGACCUCUUCACGUGGGUACGCCUCUGGCCGGACCCUUGAAGAAGCUUACGCUGCUUUCGACGCUGAGCAGAGGCAAAACCCGACGUCUCGCCCAUGCCCAACUAUCUACAUUUCUGAUUAUUGGAAAAAUUUAGAUAAAAAUUUAGGUGCUCCAUAGAAUGGAUAAGAUAAUAAUAGACUUUGAUAACAAUAAUGUUGUACCUUUAAAAAAAAAGUUGUACCUUGUUGACUUCA